AUGUCUGACCCUCAAGUAUGGCUAAUCACAGAAAUCCAAGAUUUCCCCCAAUCUCCGAACCUACACCUCCUAGAGCUCGAUGUAACUUCUGGAAUAACUGUCAUCAAGGAACGGGUGGAUGAGGCGGCUAAGGUGUGGGGCAGAAUUGACGUGUUGGUGAACAAUGCGGGUAUUGGGCUGCUGGGACUCCUCGAGGAAUGCGGAGUGGACAUGAUGACAAGACAAUUCCGAACUAAUGUCUUCGGUGUGCUGGACGUCACGAAUGCAGUAUUACCAUACAUGCGUGAAAGGAAGAGUGGUACACUAGUUAUUAUCGGGAGUCGUAGUGCCUGGAGCCUGAAAUCACGGGACUUG